GAAGUACGGAACCGGAAAUGGGACGCAGUCCACUGCGGAAGUGCUAACAUGCUUUAGGUGUAGUAAGAGAGUCGCUGUCUGAGUGAAGAUUAAAGCAGUUGAUCAGUGAGCUCGGGAUGGCGGAAGCGCAGCAGGCUCGCGUGCAGAAGGCAGUGGAGGAGACGGUGCAGAGUCUGGAGAAAGAGCACAUCCGGAAGAUGCAGGGCCGCAUGUUCCGCUGCAGCGCAGAGUGUUGUGAGAAUCCCGGCCACUCCAUGAACCAGGUGCACCAGUGUAUCGACCGCUGCCACGCACCGCUGGCUAAAGCUCAAGAACUGGUCACCAGUGAGCUCCAGCAGUUUCAGGAUCGUCUCACGAGGUGUACAAUGCACUGUAAUGAUAAGGCCAAGGACCUGUUUGACUCCGGGGCGAAGGAGCCUGCCGUGCGGGCGCUGAUGGACAGCUGUGUGGGCAGCUGUGUGGACGAACACCUGAACCUGCUGCCCAGCAUGACUCGCAGACUGAAGGACAGCUUGAACUCAAUACCUCAGUGAAGCUCUGACUGUGGCCGAGGCUGUAUGAAAUGGUUCUUGUGGACUCAUGAGUGUACUAGAUGGAAGAAUUUGAUCUUUGCUGUCACCUCAUUGUGACUUGGUGAAUGGCCAUGUGCUGAUAUCUGUGUCCAUAUUGUUUGUGGCUUUUGUACAGACAAUAAAUAAUGUGAUCAAACCAACUUGCUGCCUG